AGUAACCGCUAGCCAGAACCAACCGAGAGAUAGAAAAGAGAACUCUUUUCCUUCCAAACAGAUCAACUGCUUGCUGCUAUAUAUAUAAUCUAAAACCCCUAAUUCCAAAGCACAUCCAUAUUGUUAAAAAAUGUGUUGCGGUGGUAGAAUUUGCAUGUUGUGCACAUGCGUUGUACUAGUUGUGGUUGCGAUCGGUUUCUUGUUUGGAUUUGGAGUAUUCAAGAAUGGGUUUCACAAAUUGAAGGACAGUAUUCAUGUUGUUGAUUGUCUUAAUGCUCUCUGUUCCUCCCCUACUGGUCGAAGGCCCUUUUUGGGUUUCCCCUCUGCUCCUUCACCCUCCUAUUAAUUAGCUAUCUGUUAAUUCGUGUUUUAAUUUAGAUGGGGUUGUAUGGUUUUAGAAUUUCUGACCAUUGUUUGAUUUGUUUAUACUACUACUCCAUUAGUUAAAUUUCUGAAGAAUGUUCAUCUUGCUUUUACUUUGAUGUUCAAAUUUGUUGGCUCCACUUUUUGUAUUCAUCUCUCCUAUUUGGAUCCAAAUUCAUCUUAAUUAUCUAC